UUAUAAGCGAUUCAUUUCGGGUAACUGCAGUAUUUUGAUUUGGCCUUCAGUGAAGAGAAGAUGUGUCGUUCGUACGCGCUUGUGUUGCUACUCGCGGGCUAUUGUUUUUGUUAUAGCAUGAAACCGCUGGAUAAUGCCUGUGGAUGGCAAGUUCCAACGUUGAAUGGCGGUCCUAGGUCAAAAUUGUAUGAUCCAGAGGCUAUCAAAGUUUUCUGUAAAAUACUUCGUAACCACCCUCUUUGCGACCAGUUGCUCGUUACAUUACCAGAAGGACAAAUUAGAGGCCACGUUUUAGAAAGCCAAGAUGGCAAGGACUUUUUCGCGUUCCAAGAAAUUCCGUACGCGGCGCCUCCUGUGGGCAAAAAUAGAUUUAAGGAUCCAUUACCUCCAGUUCCAUGGACAGAAAUCAGAAAUGCAACACAAAACAAGAAAGUAUGCAUGCAAAACAACGCAACAGCUUUAACGUCAGUACCCGAAGAUAUGGAAAUAACCGAAGAUUGUCUUUACAUUAAUGUUUACACUCCUAGGGUACCAUUAACGACACAUGAGUAUCUGCCCGUAUUAUUUUGGAUUCAUGCUGGUGGAUACUUUUAUGGAUCAGGUGCGCUACAAUACUACGAUCCUAAGUAUUUCAUGGAUUAUGAUAUAAUAGUAGUUACAAUGAAUUAUCGAUUGGGACCUUUAGGCUUUUUAACAACAGGCGACAACGUCAUCCCCGGAAAUCUAGGACUGAAAGAUACAUUCCAAGCUCUAAAAUGGACAUAUGAUAAUAUCAAUUUAUUUGGAGGAGAUAAAAAUAAAAUUACAGUAAUGGGCGAAAGUGCAGGAUCAACAACAGCAGGAUUUAUGCAUCUUAGUAAAAGAACGCACGGUAUGGUAGCAGGAUAUAUUUUGGAGAGUGGUACACCAAUUUCCCCCUAUGCUUUCCAAUCAAAUGCUAGACACUACGCUUUUAAACUGGCAAAAGCUCUCGACAGUACCUUUACAUCUGAAGAUUCCAACCAACUUCUUGAUACGCUUUUAAGCAAAACCGCGGAAGAAAUUACAGACACAGCGAUCACUAACGAUGGAUAUACUGCCAAUCCACUUGGAGCUUUGGUUAUUUGGUUGCCAAUAAUCGAGAAAAAAGGGACUCCAAAUGCUAUCAUUACGGAGCCAAUGUACGAAAUUCUAAACAACGGCGGCUUUAAUGCGGUGCCCUUUAUGACAGGAUUCACUUCAGAGGAGUCACUUUUCUUCCUAAGAUAUUUACCUGCAGCGAAUUUACAGUUUUUUAAGGAAUUACUAGACAAUAAUACACAAUUGAUACUCCAUCCAGCUCUUAAUAUUGAUCCGGCUGCAUUACCAGAAGCGGCUAAGGAAUACAAAGAAAUUUUCACCACCAAAACAUUUGUUGAGGAUAAUGGAGCAUAUACCAGGUACAUAACUGAAGAUGUAUUUAGCACACCUAAUAUUAAACAUGCGGAACUUUCAUCACAUAAGGCUACCACUUAUUUGUACGAGUUCGCUUACAAAGGAAAAAUGGGAGGAUUGAUGAAUCUGCCAUAUACUGCAGGAGCUGAUGAUGUUGCCCAUACUGAAGAACUACAUUACUUAUUUGGAGGACGAGAAGGAGUGAGAGAUAGCAUUAAAUUAUACCCCAAAGAAGAUCAAUUGACAAUGAAAAGAAUGUUGACUUUAUGGACAAACUUUAUUAAAUAUCAAAAUCCUACGCCAACCAAAGAAGCAAUUUUAGAUAACAAGAUUUGGCCUUGUAUAGUUUGUGGAAAUAAAAUCAAUUACCUUAGUAUUAACAAGACUUUAGAAGCACGAAUUGAUCCGAAGUCUUACAAAAAAGCAAACAAACUAUUGGAGAAAUAUCAUAAACCACCCUAUUAUGUGUUUUGAGUGUCUGUGAUGUAUAUUUGUACUUAAUUAUUUUAUUAUUUUAUAUAUAAACAAUAGAUAUUUUUAAUAAAACACGAAAUAUA